GGUGAGGGCCUUGCUGCGAGUGUGAGGGUGAACAAGAUGAGAUAAGAGAUGAAGAUGGUGAGGAGCGAAUACCUACACAACCACCACCACCACUUUCCCCACCACCACCACCCAAUGAACCCUCACCAGCUGACGGAGACGGUGAAGGAGGCAGCCACACACCCCGCAGCACCCUACAAGACCCUGAACAGAGGAACUCAACACCGGUAGAAGAGAAGAGGAAAGAGACAGAGGAACACCACAACAAGAACGAGUCACGGCACAGCACAGCAGGAGGAACUGAAGGAGGCGGUGACGAGGAGAGACUUCCUGGCUACUUCCCUGAGGUGGUGUGGCGGGAGGUGACGGUCGAGGAUAAGCUGGAGGAGGAUAUUGGCGGUGAAGGACAGGCUGGGCAGUUUCUGAGGGAGGCUGAGGAGAGGCUGCGGCAACAUGACCUUCGGCAGCGCAUCCUGGAUAAGCUGGUGGAUAGGCUGCAGGUGAUGAUCCGCGGCGGUGUAGGCGAUGGAGGUGGUGCAGGUGACGUGGCCGCGGUGUCUGGGGAGCGCGCGGCAGCAGAGGAAUGGCACCGCGAAGAUGAGCAGAAGCAAGAGGAGGAGGAGGAGGAGCAGGACGUGAAUUCUCAGUGGUUGGUGGAGGCGACGCGGGAGGUGCUGGCGGAGGUGGUGCGCGAGAGGCUGGCCGCCGCCCGGAGAGAGGCUGAAGCUUUGAAUGCCCAGACGGAACAACCAUCACCUCCUACAAUGCCUAGCGGGGGUGAGGAGAGCGCAUCAUCCCCUCCACCCUCCCCCUCUCACUCCCCCUCACCCUCCUCCUCACCUUCACCCCCCGCUGAGUUCCCUUCCAUGCAACCCUCUACCCCCAUGCAACCUUCUCCCACCCAUGCCCCUUCCAUACACCCCCCUCCUGUACCCACACCACCACCUCGCUCCCCACCACCCAGAACCCCGUCCCUUUCACCCCCACGGAGGCAGGACACCCCUCCCAAACCUCCCCUCACCCCACAACUAUCUGUAGAAGAUGAGGAAAGGAGAGAACCAGUCCCUACCCCACCUGCCUCUCCCGCAGCCUCCCCUCCCCCAGUACCCGAGGCCCCACGGACACCACCCCGCACCCCAACACCUCCAAAGUACAAGCCUCAGAUCCCCAGUCCACAAGGCACCCCAGAGAAGUCCCUUAGCUAUGUCAAGGGUCCUGUGCAACCUGUCAGCCCUCCUUCACCUCCUUCUGCAGCGUCUCCGUCAGUAGGUGUGGGUCUUGUAGUGCCCGUGAAGACACCCUCGCCCUCUGACGUCCCUCCGAUACCUGACGGCGCCGCAGCUGGGGAUUACGUCACGCUAGUUAGUCAGGGCACUCAAGCGGACUAUAUUGCAAGGGUACCAGUGUGUGUGGGUGAAGGUAUAGCUGUGGGUGAUGAGGGCGUGGGUGGUGAGGGUGUACGAAGCGUCACGUCACCUGAGACACCCUCCGUCGUGUGUCACUCAUCGCUGGACGUGACUGCCUCGUCUUUAGCUGAGGUUCCAGACAUCUCCUGCCAGUGUAUAUCUGAAGGGGAGGUGCUUGUGUCGUCAGUCGGGGAGCCAGGCGAGUGUCCCCCUGCCCAGCGUCUGCCGUCCCUGAUGCGUGGGGUGUCCUGUGUCUCGUCCUCAGUGUGUCAGUCUUGUGAACUGGAACAUGUAUCAGAGGGAGAGAUAGAGAGUGAAGGAGUGAUGGAGGAAGGAGAGGAAGAGGAGGAAGGGGAGGUGAUGGAGGAAAGUAGAGAACAAGACGUACAAACCAGUGAGGAAGGAACAGUCCACCGACACACACAAAGUUCUGCUGUGUCCGUGGUGGUGGAUGAAAGUUUCUCCAUCGGUGAGGCGGCGGUGAGGUGCGAUGCGGUAGGCGAAGGACGUGACCCAGCCUUCCUUGAUCUUCAGCGACGCAACGAGGAGCUGAUGAAGAGACUCGGGCAGUUUGGGUCCUUCUCCUUCCUCUUAAAGUCUACUUCGUUACAGCAGGAAUCCUCUUCCUCCGCCUCUUCCUCUCCGUUUUCUCACUCUUGAUUUGUCGUGUUGUUGUUUAGUUUGUAUACGUGGUAGUGUCUUGUCUUCCUUCCUUGUGUGUGUGUGUGUGUGUGUGUGUGUGUGUGUGUGUGUGUGUGUGUGUGUGUGUUUAGUCUUGCAGUUUUUUUUAUUCUCAUUGAAAUUAGAGUCUAUAAUGCUCUGUUUUGGGUUUUAUCUGGGAAUUUUGCACGUAGUUAUAAUAGUCACGAUGUUCUGAGUCUCGCUAUUCGAAGUGUUUUUAAUCAGGGAAUGGUUGUAAUGUGCUUUGAAGUACUGGCUCGUCCGUGUCUUCCGCUCGUCCCUUUCGUCAGCUGAUGUUCAUGGUGAGUUAGGCUGAGAGGUUUCUUUUAUAAUAUCUAACUUCCGUCCUCUCUCUAUCUCAUGUCCGUCCUUUCUUUAGGUGAUUGGUAAAGACUGUGCAGGGUUUACCUUAGUGCGUCGCCUCGGUAGUUGCCUUGUUCACCCGCACAGCGAGAUUACUCACUUAAGAUGGUUAUAAUUCACGGUGAGUUGGCAUAUUUAGCUACUAGUUCGAAGAUUAUAUGUAUGUGUUUCAUAAUUUGAGUUACACUGGUUCAUAAUGUGUUCACUAGAGUUCUUGUCGUUUUUAAUGUUAGAGUAACAAUGGUUUUAAUGGGAGAGUUACAAUGUGUAGUUGCCUUACUGAGCCACUGACCGUCGUGAUUAGAAAGGGAACGUGCCAUUUAUAUUAUACAUGAUGGUUUUUAGCAAUAGUAAGAGGAGUUUUUAUUUAUUAAUUAAACUUUGAUGUGUUUUUUUUUAGUCUACAAUAGAGUUAGUUUGCUGCGUGAACCACAGACUGAGGCUUUGUCGGAAUGGUGGUUGCCUCGUUGCCUUGUGACGUCAUGAUGCCUUGCAAAUCUCUUGAAACUUGAAUUUUAUCUGUGAUUUUGUAGGAAGUAUCACAAAAUGUAAUUUUGUACUACUUGAUGCACGUCUGGUUCCUGCUCAUCGUCGCUGAUCGAGUGUCUUCGUAUUUUUAGACGGAAAAAACACGAGAAGCUUCCACUCAGUGAUAACGCGAGUCAAACAACUUGCCUCGCACAUGUAGCCGCGGCGAUCAUUGCUUGCUAACCGGAAUUAGUCUGUAUCACCAACUAUUUUCUGUAUUAACAUGUAUUCUGUAGAUAUUUUAAACCUAACACGUCUUCAAUGUACAAAAAGAGAUGGGCUAAGAGUAAAAAUUGGAGGCUCACGUGAUAUCUGGCAAUUCAGUCCACCGCCCACCGCCCACCACCACCUACUCCCCCCACACGGCAUUCGUCCACUCAGCGACAAAGAGGCCGGGGAGCAGCAGCAGGAUGUGGGUGGACAGCUGGCGCCUUCCUAUGUCACCCAGCUGUGUUGUGACUGGUGAUGAGCCGAGCAUACCAGCGUCACCACCACGUCCUGCACUCCACGCCACGCCACAACACUCUGGACUAUCUGGGAAGAACACUUUGGUGAUCACAAUGUCGCCGGUGCUGAGAGUCUGACAGCUGGUGUCAGCCCUGCUGGCGGAGGACUGGGGCGAGGCACCUCCGUGCUGGUGGUGCGGCACAGUGUUGGGGGAGGGGGAGGGGGCAGAGACAUGGCACGGGCAGCAGCAGGGCGCCGGUGGGCUGAUGCUGGCCGGCGCUGCAGGGGAGGACGCCCCGGAGCCCUGAGUGGCGGCCGCCAGGAUGGCCUCCAAGCGGUCAAUCUUCUCGAGGCGGUCCAUGGCCUCGUUGCUCAGCACCUGGUCCACCAUGUUCAUGCUGGUGGUGAGGGACGGGGAGCCGCCGUACCCGUCCACCUCUGCCUCGCCAUUACAGCGUGGGGACAGCAGGCCGCCGCCGGACCCCCCUGACCCCCCAGAGCCCACGCUGCUCAGGCUGGGGAACUCGGCAUCCUCCAUUCCCUCGCGGUCGUCAUCGUCGUCGUCAUCGCUAUUGUCGUCCUCGUCCUCCCCAUUCUUGUCUGGAGAUUCGUCCCUGGUGGAGGAGAGACGGUCAGCGAGUGUGUCAUGGAGGGAAGGAUGACCACCUACUACCACACUUGCCACACAGGCAGGCGUUCCAGCUUUUUGGCGACUUUGUACGAGCCUUCCAGCUUCUCCCGUUCCUCAUCGCUCAGCUCAAGAUACCUGCGGGACACAAGUGUUAGUUUCCGCCACCAGCCUCACACUCACUUUAACACAAGGAUUCCAGUACAGUGUGUUGAGAUAUGUGUGAGGCAGCAGGAGGGACAGAGUCAGUCCUGCAAGGAGGAGUUGCUUGCUAUUCUACACAUCAACCAAUGCCUCUACUGUGCUGCUGCUGCUGUACAUUCAUUAUUAGCAUAGUCACCAGUCCUCACCAUGAUACACCACCACCACCACCAGCAGGACAUGGUAGAGCUUGGUGUGUGUGUGUGUGUGUGGCGCUGACUGACCUGAGCUGAUGUCUUCCAAUUGGCAUCACCUUCACUGCCUUCAGCUGUGGCACCUGACCUUGCUGACAGAGUGCUCACUGCUUGUCUUUUAUUCACUUCAUCCCUUCACUUGCCAGGGACUUCCUUCAUGCUGGGACCACUGUGGAUGCUGUCACUGCUGCUGCUGCUGCUAUCCCCACCACCCCCAAGAGAGCCCUGAUCCCUGCCAUUACUGGUGUGUUAGACUCAUUAGCUGGCUGUGAUGCUGGUGAUGAGCUGCAGUUGUGUAUUAAGAGUUCAAAGGACUCCCAGACUUUAUUAUUUUUAUUUUUUUUUUAAUAAAAUUUUUCUGCCAAA